AUGGCCCCUGUGCUUAGUGGUCAUCCUCAAGUCACAGCAAUGCUGGUUCUGCUCCUGUCCAUGCUCAGUUUGGCUGCUGGUGGGAAGCUGCUGGUGGUGUCGGUGGAUGGGAGUCCUUGGCUCAGCAUGCGGGAAGUUUUGGAUGCUCUGAGGCAGAAGGGACAUGAAAUAGUUGUUGUUGCACCUGAAGCCAGUUUACAAAUAAAGCCAACAAAGAAUUUCAUUAUGAAAAUGUACCCAGUCUCUUUCACAAAGGAAGAGCUGGAUGAGAAUUUCCAGGCAUUUUUACAAGAUCUACUUGAAGAAGGAACUUUUCUGGAAAGAUUUCUUAAAAUACACCAAGGUAUGAAAAGACUCUCUGAUAUGGCAAUCUCCAGCUGUGCACACUUACUGUACAACAAAGAGCUUGUCAGGUAUCUUGAGGAGAGCAAGUUUGAUGCUGUCCUUACAGAACCUGUAAUACCCUGCGGGCAGAUACUGGCUGAGCACCUUUCAGUCCCUUCUGUGUUUUUUUUACGAGCAUUACCAUGUGGUUUAGAUUUUGAAGCCACUCAGUGCCCCAAUCCCCCUUCUUAUGUCCCCAGGAUAUUUACAGAGUAUACAGACCACAUGAACUUUUUCCAGCGAGUGAAGAAUUUGAUCUUUGACAUCCCAAAUUAUUUUCUCUGUGAUUUUGUCAUUCAACCAUUUGAAAAACUGGCUUCUGAGUUCCUUCAGCGGGAUGUGACUGUUCUGGAUCUCUCACGCAAGGCCUCCAUUUGGCUCAUGAGGUUAGAUUUUGUGUUAGAUUAUCCAAGACCUUUGAUGCCCAACAUCAUUGUAAUUGGAGGAGUGAACUGUGCUCAUAAGAAGCUACCUCAGGUGGGUCAUGCUCCAUUUUUAAUUCAAGCUCUGACAGACUUCUGUGUUCACAAAGGAGGAAUUUAG